AUGGAACCCAACGGCACCGCCAAGGGCACAUCGCCGCCCUUACCCGUCCCCGCGCCUGCAUCCUCAUCCAUGCCUGCUGUCGUGCCUACUCUCCCUCAGAAUAUGGCUGGCAUGGUCCCGCUCAGCGCCAUCAUCCAUCGCAUGACCAACGAAGCCUUUGCUGAUCUGUCUAAUCUGUCAGAUGUUCUACCGAGUAUGAACGACGCACGGAAAAAGCUGCAUAUUUUGGAAUACGCGCUCUCGAAACGGGAACAGUUUAUCAAAUUGCUGGUGUUAACAAAGUGGGCGAAAAGUGCAAACAAGUUUCAGCAAUGCCAGAACAUUGUUGGAUUUCUGCGCCAUGAAAACGAACUCUUCACGCGUGCAGUCGGUGGCCUAUUCGAAACUUAUAGGCUGUUUGGCAGGGCUCGCGUCCGCAACUUUGAUAUACCCACAGCAAUUGAUGUCUUGACUACAGGAACAUAUCAACGUCUACCAUCACGGAUCAAGCAAGUAUACGUUGAAGAAGAGAAGCCGAGCAGGACGCAGAUAGCGGCGACAUUGGAGAGACUAGAUGACGUGAUUCGCAUGAGGCUCCUGUGCGACGAGUUAGUUCCACCUGCUAUGAAAUACACGAUCGGCAAAGGAAAAGCCAAGUUUGUUGUUCCUAACGAGUUUGAGGUAACGCUCACUGUCUCGGGACCAGGAUUACCUAUGGAUGUGCCUUGGCGCAUUAUCGGUCUUAAGAUUCUGGUCAAACCUGUAGGAGGAUCCUUUCAAGGCCUUGAGACGACAUUGAACGAUGCACAGAUGCGGGCAAUCACCAUGUUUGCUCAGAAAGAGAUGGAUUCCUCGGGCUCAGCAAAUACCUCUCAACACACAAUUCUCCCAGUCGUUGAGAAUCCAAGCUCUCCGGCAAGCCAGGCCCUGCUAAGGCUAUACGACUACCUGCACAUGCUUUCGUUGCAUCUGCUGAUCGAGCUCGUAUACAUUCAGCCAGCAGCACCACAAGUGCCUGUACCCGCACCUAAAAGGAGAGCCUCAGCAUCACCAUCUACGGCAAUAACAGCCCAAAAGGAUGGAACUUUUGCCUCCCCAGCUCAGCAGGAACACUACCUUGAGAUCAGGAUAGAAGAGCGUCCAGGGCCCCCAGCCAAAAUACGUGAAGAUCUUGCCGGUGCUCUAGUAGAUCUUAAGUCCCUCGGCUACCCAAGAGCACAUAUCAAAAUCGUAUGGAGUCAAGUCGCCAAAGGGGUCGUCUCAGAAGCAGAAUCGGACUCGAUCCUUGAGCUGGACCCCUCAAACCUUCACGUCGAGCGUUUGCUUUUGAAAGCCGUGAAUAUGCACACUGGGCAGGUCAUGCAGGAGUUUUACGAUCGCCUCUUGUUACAUAUCGAAAAUACAAAGGCGCAAGCGGAGCAAACAGACGGUACUCAUUUUUCAAAGGACGACAUUCGACUGAAGACGCUGGAUUCUGGAGAGCAACAAGGCAUGGCUGGCACAUCCGCUUUACCCGGACCCCAGGCGCUGCUCGUUAGAUUGAAGGGCGAUCGAUGGAUCAGGAUACGAAUUGAUGUCAGAACAGGACGAGUAGUUGUGCGCGAAGUUGGGAAAACUGGCGAGGGAGUUGAUCCUGUUAUCACUGCAUUUCAGACCCGACUCAAUGACAAUGCAAACAACAUUGUCGAUGCUUUAAUUUCGUUACGGUUCUCGAUGGCAAUCGUGGAAUUGGAGUCGCUGGGUAUUCUUCUAGGGCUUCAGCCUUAUAGACGAUUGGCGCUUGGAAAGCAGGAUGCAGCACGAUUUGGUGCCAAUAUUCAGCAACUCCUGUUCCUGCAGUAUCCUCAGCAUCCUCGGCACUAUCUCGUUGUCGGCGUUAUUGACCAAAAGUUUUGCGUAUGGCUGAUCGAGGUCGCACCUGCAGAGCGGGAGGUUGCGGGAAUUUGGCUGACACUGAAAUCGAUCAUGCCAGUUUAUUGGCAGGGACUGAAGAGGCAGAGAGAAAGCAUCGAAAACGAUUUUGUUUCGAGCCCUGCAGCAAUCAAAAGGAAGUCGGUGCAGUUCGAUAUCGAGAAUGAUGGUUCUCAGGAAUUAACCCAUAGAGAAGAGUUGACGAUAGACCAGGAUGUCUUGUCAAAGCUGGAGGCCCUAUGCCGUGUCCGUAUUUGUCUUAAUGAAGUCAAGGCACAGUUGCAGGAGCAUGGCAUUCAGUACCGCUACUUGUCGCCUGCGAGCAAGGGAGAUGGUCUCAAGGCCGACAAUAAUGCUUUGACGGCAGUAUCAUUAGCCAACAUGAUCCCUCUGCUGCGAUUGGAGCCCAGUACUAUCUCACCAGGAGUCACCGAAGGUUUGUUCCUCUUCGUCGGUGCAAAGUUGACAGGAUGGUGGGAUGAUCAAAGAGAGACAUGCAAAGUUUGUCCCCGAAACCAUUCCGCCGAAUAUGGCAGACGGCCCCCUUGGUAA